AUGUGGACAAUAUCUAGAGUUUUUGGAGACUCGACAUGGACACGUGCGAUAUUUUUAAAUGUACUACUACAAGCCGUUCUAGCCAUCAUAUUUGAAGCCAUCAUAUUUUCCUGUCAUGCAAACGAAAUCAACAUUAUCAAUGAGGAACGACUAAACCAAAAGGCUUUUGGCCAGACUUUAAUUACAGCAUAUGCAAAUGCACGAUCACUGUUGGUCUAUUUCGCACUGUUCAUCAUUGCCCAAAUAUUUACCGUGGUUCUGGUGCUGGAUGCUAUAUUUCAAAAGAACACAAUUCAACUGAUUGCGCUGGUCGCCUUUGAAUUGGGCAUGUCGGCUUACACCAUCAUCCAAUACCAUCAAUCAUCCACGCUCUUUAGCAACACAGACGAUCCCAGUGUCAAUCUAGUCAUUGCAUUUUUAGGAGAUGCCUAUCAUGCUUCACGAUGGGCAGAAAUCACUCAAAUUUGUGUCAUGCUGGUCUCUUCUAUCAUUUUCAUCUUUUUAGCAUACAAGUUAUAUCUAGAAUUUGGUUGGCAAAUUUACAAAAAGAUUGGGGCUGAUUUGGCCAUGCGAGAUCGCUACAAAAUGUACCAAAUCUUUAUGAUGCUCCUCAAAUUCGAUUUCUUCUUCUUUAUAGGCUUCUCGAUCCAAUAUUUGGUGCUAUUAAUAGUCGCAUGGUUACCUGAAGCAACAACCGACGAAGCAAAGACGAGCAUCAUUAAAGAAUUGAUUGAACAUGUUGUGCUAAGUUGUCUAGUUUCGAUUGCCAUGUUAGCACUGGCAUACUGGGGAUUACGACGGGAAUGGAAAUUGCACAUGUACCUAUUUAUUGCCCUUUCCAUGGCAAGUAUGGCUUACUUUAUAUACAUGCUGGUGACCAUAUCGCAGAAUCCGGAUCGAUUCAUUGGAUCCAAGGUGUUCUUGACCUUCUUUUUGUGUGUUGAUUUAGUUUUGAUUUUGGUUUCUGUGCCUUCCGCAGUCAUUUGUCUCAGAAAUUUCGACCAAGGCUUAAUUAACCACAUCUCUCAUGCAACAGCCCUCACUUCAUCUUCCUGCCCUAUGCAUCCAACUGAAAAAUCAUCUAGUCCAGAACGUUGGUCCAUCGAAUAA